CUUCUCCUUGACCACCACCAUCUCCAGCCCAGCCAUGUCUAACGUCUAUUUUGACAUCUCCAUCAAUGACCAGCAGACAGGGCGCAUCGUCUUCAAGCUCUUUGAUGAUGUAGUCCCGAAAACAACGAAGAACUUCCGUGAGCUCGCGACGGGCGAGCACGGCUUCGGUUAUGCAGGAUCGAGCUUCCACCGUAUCAUUCCGUCGUUCAUGCUCCAGGGCGGUGACUUCACCCGCGGCAACGGUACUGGUGGCAAAUCCAUCUAUGGCGAGAAGUUCGCUGAUGAGAACUUCAAGCUGACGCACGAUCGCCCCUACCUCCUCUCUAUGGCAAACGCAGGCCCAAACACAAAUGGCUCUCAAUUCUUCAUUACCACUGUCGUCACGUCGUGGCUCGAUGGCAAACAUGUCGUGUUUGGUGAGGUUGUCGAGGGUAAGGAGCUCGUCCAGAAGAUUGAGACCCUCGGUAGCCAAUCCGGUGCGCCGAAGGCGAAGAUCACUAUUUCCGGCUCGGGAACGGUCUAAGCACCAUCCUCACGUUUUCGUUCUCAAAUGAAUACAGAGUGGCGCUGUGGGACUCUGGCAUGAAGUAGCUAAGAAAACUAAAUUGUACUA